GACAGCAGCUGUUUGUUUAUUCGCAGACAUGCGAACAUCGUGGAUGCCGUACAAGCACCGAGCAUAAAUUAGUUACAGAAACAAUCAAACCCCAAAAUGGCACGUGAAAUCUUAACAUUCCAGCUGGGCAACUAUUCCAACUACAUCGGUACGCAUUGGUGGAACAUACAGGAAUCAUCAUUCAACUAUGAUCCGAACGCAGAACCGUCCGAAAUCGAUCAUUCGAUCCUGUAUCGCGAGGGCCAAACGAGACAGCGACAGGUUACCUUCACACCACGUCUCCUGAUGGUGGAUUUGGCCGGUACGCUCAAGCAUGUACCACGCACCGGAGAUCUUUACGAACAACCGAUCGAUCCGGAACAAAUCCCGUCCGAUCCUGCCGAGAUUACUGACCUCGAAUGGGAAACCGGAAAGGUCGAGGUCAUCAAGAAGGAAAAGUCCGCCGAGAAGCAUCCCUACCAGGUGGACCUUCAGGCAGGUACUUCGGGCAACAGUGCGGAGGCAGCGGAAAAGGAUUACAAUUUUUCCGAUACGGUUGAAAAUUGGAUUGACUACAGCUACACCCGGUAUCAUCCGCGCAGCAUUAACAUCAUCGAACGGUACACCCAUUCGCCGGAAGAGUCCCAGCUCGACACGAUUACGAACGGUAUGGAGCUGUGGAAGGAUUACGACUUUCAGGAUGACUUUACCGACCGCGUGCGGCAGUACAUCGAAGAGUGCGACGGUUGUCAAGGAUUCCAAACGCUGUUUGAUUGCUGUGAUGGAUUUUCCGGAAUCGCCGUCAAGCUGCUCGAGCAUCUGCAGGAUGAGUACGGGAAAGCAUCGCUCGUGUUCCCGGUGUUCCCGCCCAAAGCUCCGAUCUUCAAAAGCGCCGAUGAAGCGAUGAGUGACUCGAUACGCGUCAUUAACAGUGCGCUCGCUUUUACGCAAUUAUCCGAGCAUUGUUCGCUGUUUGUGCCACUGUCAACCAUGGCGCGUUGCUGGCGCAGCGUGGAUGAACCACGCGCGCUUCCUAAUCUGAUAUACGAUCCGGUAAAUUACUAUCAAACAUCUGCCAUUCUGGCGAGCUUUUUAGAAACCGCAACGUUGCGCUACCGUUUGAAGGGCGCCGUUACUGCCGGUGCGGGGGGUUAUGUGUCAGGAAUGUGUAGCGAUUUGAACGCUUACGGGCGAAGGAUGGCUGCCGCUGGAUUAGCGUUUCCGUUUCCGCUGGGAAGCACGCAAGAUUUGAUAGACUGUCUCGAUCAGUUGGAAGGCAAGAGCUUAACCGUACAGCUUUCUCCAAACGUAAAGGUGCGCAAUCGUGCCGUCGUACAGUCCGUCUGUGCUCGGGGUUUGCCCCAGAAUCGUCUGAAAAGACCACCAACGGCCAAGUCGGCCCAACGGCAGCAGAUCAUGCCCGCGUACCGAUGCAGUAAUGUGAGUGAAAUGUUACAAUUCUUCUAUUCCUGCAGUCUCGAGGUUAGCAUGUCGCACGUAACUUCAGUUAAAGCGCCCAUGACCAUUCGGCAACCGUUCCCGGUGGAACUGUUCGAUAAACGGGUUGGGUUCGAUGGUUUCCUCACGGACUGCCCGCUGGCACAAGCUUCCCUGGCGUACGUACAGAGCUGCCCGUCGUUAGCUGCAAUUCAAUCGUCUGCCGACUUGGGAGACGGUCUGGAUGCACUGCAUCGGGAGGUUAGCCGAAUUCGGUUAGCGAAAAUAGCGCGAUUUGCUGAGUGUGGUUUGGAAGAGGUGGACUACAAGGAAUCGAUCGAGCGGCUGCUGGAGUUUAAGGAGAAUUAUGAUGAAAACUAUGAGCUGUAGCGGGCGGAGGGGGCUAUCCUGUGCUUUUUUCUAAUACUAUGCCGUAAAGUGCUUUGGAACGGAAAGGGAACUCGCUUAUAGGCCCUAUUACAAUAAUAAUAGUUGAAUGUAAGAUGCAAAAAUAAAGAUAUGCUUCUAAAGUAUUACGCAUUUCGGACAGCAUUUAGUCCUACUUACCGCAA